GCAGUACAACGUCAUCACAGCUAACUGUUUGCGAAUGAUUAGACGUCAUUGCCUACGCUUUGUGAUAGUCAUUUCAUGACUUAUUCGAACGGCACCGACAUAAUUGUAACCCCGCAUAGCGCCAUGACAAGUUUAAUCUGAAAAGAAACAAACGGAACUCGCUUCAGCCGAACAUCGCGUAUUUUCGCCUUCUUGCUUUCCUCCCGUCACCGCUGCUCGCCUUCUGCCUUAGCGACAUCGGCCGAGCGAGCCGAGCUUUCACAGCGUCUAACGUUCCCAAAUGAUGCCGGCAGCGUGGUUUUAAGUCCACGCCGCCCGUUAUGUCGCGCUGCUUGUAAGGCUGUUGUUCGCUCGGGAGAAAGUGAAGUCCAGGAAGCUUGGAGGAGGAGGAGAGAAAAAGGAAAAAAAAGAAAGAGAGCAGUCAGGAGGCCAUAAGUCCUCCUCUCGCUAACACAUAAAUACACGCACACAUCACCACGGCCUUGAUGGUGAUGUAUGCAAGGAAACCAGCAAGAGUCAGUGAUGGGUGCACCGACAGAAGGGAUUCACAAUCCUAUCAGACCCACAAAUCUCAGCCAAAGAGCCAGUCCAGCAGCCUUCACCGUUACGACAAGGUGCGGGAUGCCUCGUCCGAGUCGACGCCCCCUAAUAAGAUGCUGCGGCGCUCAGAUGAGAGUCCUGUCAACAGGCACGUUGACAGCGCAGGACACGGCAAGGCAAAAAUCUCGCACACGGUUCGGGCCAAAAAUGGGACCAGUGAAUCUCCUCAUGAGAACGCUCAGAACAACAGCGCACACCAUGGUGCCGACUCGCAUUCAGCUCAGAGCAAGCCUGCGGAACGAGAACCAGCGGAUGACUGGACAGAACACAUCAGCUCUUCUGGGAAGAAGUACUACUAUAACUGUAGAACUGAGGUCUCCCAGUGGGAGAAGCCCAAGGACCUGUUGGAGAGAGAGCAACGGCAGAGGGACUCAGUCAAGUUGCCAGCAAACAGUUUCCCACGGGACAUGGACUACAGACAAGAGGCCUUACAGGACAAAUCUACAAAGAACACUUCAGGGGACCAAUCUAGCGCGUCCAAUUCGGGGCAUGUGUGCUCUUCCUCACAGAGCCUAAACACAACGUCCGUCCCCACGACCACGUCCUCGUCCUCCUCUUCCACGGCCCAGUUAACUCAAAGCGUCCAGUCCCCGUCUCCGGCGCUACUUCAGGACCCGGCCCUGCUGCGCCAGCUCCUGCCCGCACUUCAAGCUACUCUGCAGAUGAGCAAUGGAGGGAUGGACAUGGCGAAGCUCAAUGAGGUCUUGGCAGCUGCUGUCACCCAAGCUUCCUUGCGGUCUGUGCUUCAUAAGCUCCUCACUGCUGGACCCGCUUUCAACAUCACUGCUCUGCUCUCAGCUGCUCAGCACGCCAACCAAGCCCAGCACUCCAGUCAGUCGCCUGCAUCUCUGACAUCAGACACAUCGUCGCCUCGGCCUUACGUUUCGCCACGGAAUGGCACGCAGCAAGGCAACCAGAAAACCCCCAGCGGCGGCACAUCUUUGCAGACUAGAGGUGGUACAUCUUCCGCUAAGCAAGGCCCUACCCCCCUGGCUCAGACUUUGGAGAAGCGCCCAGAGGACCCCAGGACUCUCCAGCAAAGAAGUCAGGAACUUCUCUCAAUGGGAUCAAACACAGCUGGUGCUGCGUUGUCCCACGCCGCUUCCAGCAACAGCGGUCAAAGUCACUCUGACGCCCCCAGCUCCUUCACCCCCUCCCUGGCAGCUCACUUUGAUGAGAAUCUCAUUAAACAUAUCCAAGGAUGGCCUUCAGAGAACACUGAGAAACAGGCGGCCCGGCUGCGCGAGGACAUCCACAACAUGGGCAGCUUGUACAUGUCGGAGCUGUGCACCGAGAUGAAGAACCUCCGCUCCCUGGUCCGGGUCAGUGAAAUCCAGGCCACACUGAGGGAACAAAGAAUCCUGUUUCUGAGGCAGCAGAGCAAAGAGCUGGACAAGCUGAAGAACCAGAACUCUUACAUGGUCUGAGCAGAACUGACUGGGACCGGGGACAGCUGCUCCUUGCCUGCCUGUUUAUUCCCCUCACAAGAGCAACUGAGAGAGACUGUUAGAUGGCAGCGGCUUUUUCCAAAAGGGUGAGCUCCGUCAUCCCGAACAUGUCCGCCAUGUUUGUUUUAGUUUUCCUCCAACCCUCCGCUUGCGAGUCGCUCUCACUUGAGAGGUGAAAAGUGACGGCUCACCAAGCUGGACACGAGAGGACCUCAGGCUCUUUUCAAACGGCACCUUCUCGGAUUGUGUGUAUUGUACCGAGUUUUGUUUUCAGGUGUGUUUAGAUGUUGUGGUCAGACAAAGAUUAGUUUAUUACCUUGAAAAAACAACUGUCCAAACAUUAUCGGCGACGAGCGGUCGGUGGCAGAAGCGUCCACCUUCCAACACGUGAAUCAGACUUUUAAUGUACGAUCUAGUGGCAGUGAUGUUACACCUUUCCUUCCGCUACUAUUAUCACCAUUCCGGUUCUACAUGCAGCAGACUCACAUUUUACCUUUUUUACAUUUUGCUUUGUCCCAAUUAAUGGAGCUCCUUCCACUAAUAAUCCUAGUAACUUUCAGAAUCCUGACGUUUGAAAGCCAUUUUGAAGGAGAAUUAAAAAAAAAAAAAAGCCCACGUUUUCGGACCUCGGUCAGCUGCUAGUACAUACGAGGUCGUUAUGUGAUCUCUUGAUCCGUUCUGCUUUUUUUUUUUUUUUUUUAUGUCAAAUUU